CCUCCUGACAUCACAGUCUUCAGAAAAAGAAACUCUGAAUGUGGAAAUCAAAACAAGAUCAGGCAGGGCAGCAUGAUGUAGUGUGUGCUGCCUUAGGCUGGGUUUGUGGAGUCACACGUGGGUACCGGCUGCACCCAGAGAGGCUGCCUUUGGUCACUGGGAGUCAUUGCGCCGGCCCUUCUCUUCCUGUCGUCUUCCAGAAACAGCCUUCGGUCUGGGAGUAGAAGAUGCCCCACUCCAGCCUACAUCCAUCCAUCCCGCGACCUAGGGGUCACAGGGCCAAGAAGGCAGCCUUUGUCCUGCUGAGUACCUGCCUGGCAGCCCUGUGGGAGUUGGGGGAGCCGGCAGACCACAUUCUCAGGUGGCUGGUGCUCCACCUGGCCUCCGAGCAACUGGGACUGCUGUUCAAGGGGCUCUGCAGUCUGGCUGAGGAGAUACGUCACGUCCACUCCAGGUACCAGGGCAGCUACUGGAGGGCUUUUCGGGCCUGCCUGGGUUGCCCCAUCCGCUGCGGGGUACUGCUGCUGCUGUCCUGCUAUUGCUACACCUUCCUCCCAAACACAGCUAGCCUGCCCUUCGCCUGGAUAGUUGCCCUCCUGGGCCUCUCCCAGGCACUGAAUAUCCUCCUGGACCUCCAGGGCCUGGCCCCAGCUGUGGUCUCUACAGUCUGUGAACAAGGGAACUUCAACGUGGCCCAUGGGCUGGCAUGGUCAUAUUAUAUUGGGUACCUGCGGCUGAUCCUGCCAGGGCUCCAGGCCCGGAUCCACACUUAUAAUCAGCGCCACAACAACACGGUACGGGGCACAGGGGUCCAUAAGCUGUACAUCCUCCUCCCCUUGGACUGUGGGGUGCCUGAUGACCUGAGUGUGGCCGACCCCAACAUUCGCUUCCUCCAUGAGCUACCCAAGCAAAGCGCUGACCGUGCUGGCAUCAAGGGCCGGGUGUACACCAACAGUAUCUAUGAGAUUCUGGAGAACGGGAAGCCGGUAGGCACCUGUGUCCUGGAGUACGCCACCCCCUUGCAGACCCUGUUUGCCAUGUCACAGGAUAGCCGAGCUGGCUUUAGCCGGGAGGAGCGGCUUGAGCAGGCCAAACUCUUCUGCCAGACACUCGGGGAUAUCCUGGCAGAUGUUCCUGAGUCUCAGUACUGUCGCCUCAUUGUCUACCUGGAUGCUGCAGAGGGAAGCAGCUUCUCCCUGUCACAGGAGAUUCUCAAGCACCUGAAGCAGGAGGAAAAGGAGGAGGUGACUGUGGGUACCAUGGGGUCCUCGGGGGUGCUGGAAUCUUCCACGCUAGACAAAGAGCCCCAGCUCCUCAUCAGUGGCAUGGAUCAGCCUCUCCCACUCCGCACAGAUGUCUUCUGAAGCCCAGGGUCACCUUGUCUGAACCUCCAGUGAUCCCCAAGACUCUGGAUUGGGGGCUUUCUUUAGCAGCUGGAUGCCUAGCAGAGCCAUUUCUCCCAUAGGAGGACUCUUGUCUUGACAUUUCAAGAUGAGUCCUAUGAUCUUGGGCAAGUUGUUUCAUUUCUCUGAGCCUCAUUGUCCUCAUCUAUGAAAUGGGGUCAUAUCGUUGCCUUACCUAUCUCACAGGGUUGUUGUGAGGACUCUGACUGUCUGGAAAUUUCCUGUAAACUCGAAAUGCUAGGUGAACUUAAGGGACAUGCCCGGUGUCUCCCAUUGGACCCUUCAGACCUGCUCUCCACCCCUAUCCACCUCCUCUGCCCUGGAUGGCAUCAAUAAGCUCCCUUGUUCACUGGCUUCUGAUCAUGUUUGGUCAAUGGGGAGACCGAUAGGGAGGAUGGAGGGAAGGAGGAGGGUGAGGUUGGAGUAUUUAUUCCCCCAGUCCUUCCCUGUGGUGUCAAGGUCAUUGUUGGCUCUCUGCAUCUCUUGACCAAACCCUCUCAGGAACUCUGUCUCUCUCUCUAGGUUCCCUGAACUGCUUCUUCCCCUGCCCGCUUCAGGUCCAGCACUGGUAUUGGCUACACACCGAUGCUCACCCUAAAUUAGUAAUUCUCACUUUCAGCUUCCUUACACCUGCCCUUUCUAAAUGGUACCCUUUUUAAACAUGCCUCAGAUUACACGCUUGAGUGUGCCAUCUUUUUCCACGCGGACUCUGACUGAUACAGCAAUUGGCAUUUAUCAUCUUCGAUGUCCAAAUCGGCUUGCAUAGACGUACUUUCCUACACCCCCUCCUCAUCCUAAUACAGGACAGUGGAUGGAUAUCAUUUCAAUGUGGGCUGAUGAGGGCAGAGAGCUGGGCAGCACCCCUCACUCCAUCUGCCCUUUCAGUGCCCUAUCUCCAGUGGGAGGUUUGAGGGCUGGGGAGGGACCAGGGGCUGCCUAAGGGAGCGCACAGAUGCCAUGAGGGGUACACAGCUGCAUCUUUGGCAAGGGGCUGCUCAAAGGUCACUGAUGAGAGAGCCUGAAGAGGGAUAAGGGGCGAAAAGGGUUUGUGUGAGGAAGUGGGACAUACCCUGGGGAAACUUGGACAACAUAGCCAGCCACCUGCCAUACCUCACGCCAUUACUGUUAGAACUGAGCCACUAAAACAGCACUGUGGUGGCAAAAUUGUCCCCAUCUGGGAGGGGAGGCAGCCAUUUCUACCAGUUCCACGCAGGACUUGCUCUCUGACUUCCAUCUUUGUUAUCACAAAUGCUCAAUAUACAUUUCUGAGUACAGCACGACUGUACUCAGAAAGGUGGAGAAAAGCUCCACACACAGACACAUAUUUGGCGGAAGGAACCUAAGGAUGACGGAGCCAACAGAGUGAAGGGGGAAACAGUGCCCUCCUCUCCCCAGCUGUCCCAGCUCUUCUGUCCCCAAGGCCUGAGGACCCUCCAUCACACCAGUCACUCCUAUAUUUAGAAACCAGCCCAGAAUAAAGGGUCUCCCCAACAUGACUUUCCCUACCUAUCCAGCCCCCAACAUGGUGCUCAGACUGUGGAGUCUGACGGCCCCGGUUCAUAUUCUGCUCCCCACUUAGUACAUGUGUCCACCUGGGUGUCUUGAUAUCCCCAACUCUAAAAUGGGGGUCACAGUGGCUCCUCUUCCCAAGGUCUUAUGAGGAGUGAAUGGUAUACUAUCUGCAGGCCCACAGAUGAACCCCAUCCCACCAUGGGGAGGCAAGGCAGAGUGACCCCCAAGAUAGUGGGGACCAUUCCAAACAAUUGGGGGAGCUGACAACCAAAGGGAUGUCCGCCAAUCAGUGAAGGGCAACAGAUUUUCCUUCCCUUC